AUGUUGAAGAAUCUGUCUCAGACAUUCACACAAGGAAUGACACAGUUCAAAGAAGAUGCCGAGAAACUCCAGAAUAAUGAAGAAUUCAACGAGAUACUCAAAAACACAUUCAACUGUGAUUGCCAUCACUUGGAAGAAUCGGAACGUCAGAAUUCAGAGAGAGAAAACUUUUACAAUCUUACAGGUGUUGAACGCACACCAGAGAUGGCUGCUAUGAUUCAAAAGGAAGAAGCUUAUGUAUUGAUACACUAUUGA